UUUGUUCUAUAAUCUGCCCAACGACCCCUGCCUUCAUCUACCUAUUGCGCAACAUACGAGGAGAUGGCAAGCAUAAAUUGGCACUACGUGCUCAAAUUCAUUAUUACCGGGGACGCCGCUGUGGGCAAGUCCUCGCUGCUCGUACGAUUGACGGACCAGCGUUUCCUGGCGAACCCAGACCCUACGCUGGGUGUGGAGUUCGGGUCCAAACUCAUUACCAUACCGGAGGAGAACAAGAUCGUUAAACUACAGUGCUGGGAUACGGCUGGCACGGAAUCAUUCCGGGCAAUAACACGUUCUUAUUACCGCGGUGCAGCAGGUUGCUUGCUGGUGUACGAUGUGACGUCGAAACGGAGUUUCCAGAGCUGUCGCUCGUGGCUAGCAGACGUUCGCGAACACGCCGACCCGCAUCUCACUUGCAUACUGGUCGGCAACAAAGUCGACCUCUGCGACAACUCAGAAGAGGGCGGACCUCCCGCGAAGAAGCGAGAAGUGUCGACAGAAGAGGCAGAGGCGUGGGCACAGGAGGAAGGCUUAUUGUUCGUCGAGGCAUCAGCGAAGUCCGGGCACAACGUCGACCUUGCAUUUGAGCAAGCUUGCAAGGAUAUUUUGGAUAAGAUUCGCAAGGGUGUAUUCGAAGACGACAGGUCUCCUGGCGUGAAGCAGUCGAAAGCUAACGUCGCCUUGGACGGUCCACAGCCGAAGCAGGGGUGCUGCACAUAACAUGCAGCCAUGUCUUUCCUUUCCCAUAUGGAUCUCGGAUGGAUGUACCAAUAUAAUAUGUGUUUGUAGCACUCUCGAUAGAUACCUUGUAGGUGCUUGUAACCGAUGUGUGGGGAGAUAAGGCCGUGUAUCGCUCCAAGAGGCGUGCCUACAGUUGACCUCAACUAAAUGAACUCAGACCUUUCAUGCUGGAGCAACAGUGGUGACUCCGUCUUCGCGCGUCCCGUCCAAUCACCCGGUUUCAGAAUGUCGUGAAACGCGUCCGCUUCCGGAUUGCGCCGACCAUAUCCGGCACACAAUGGAUUAGUGUAGAUGUCUUGCUUCUAGCAUAAAAAACGAGUGCAGGGAUACAUUGCCAGGUUUCUACUCCUUGGAGACAACGAAGCCCUUGCCCUUGUAACCCUCUGACGAGAUG